GAUAUGCAAAAAAAAGCUAGGGAAGAAGCACUUAAUGUUUUAGGAAGUGCUUCAACAAUACCAACUUCUGAUAACCUUAGGGAUCUAAAAUACAUUACUGCAAUAAUUAUGGAAUCACUCCGUAUUUAUCCACCAGUAUUGCAAGUAUUAUAUCGUACUCCCACUAAGCCAUUAAACUUAUCAAGAAAUAUUACAAUACCAAAGGGAGUAAAAAUUGCAGUAAAUUUAUGGCAGAUUCAUAGAGACCCAAAUCUUUGGAAUGAUGUUGAUAAGUUUAUGCCUGAAAGAUUUAUUAAUCCUGAAAAAGAGAUAAGAAAUAGUUGGGUUCCAUUUUCUAGUGGACCCAGAAAUUGGUAA